AUGAGCAACACUCGCAAGGUAGAAUCAUCCUCACCCACAGCCACAGCAGGGAAAGAUGGGAAAGGGGCUACUCCGCAUGAAAUUCUGCAAAUCGCCCGAUUCGCCCUGGAGCCGCCCAAGGCAGAUGAAGUGUGGUCGAGUUGGUACAGGGAGUCGGAGGAUCAAUUUGUCGACUUUCAGUCCUUUGGCCUCAUGGAAGGCACAGCGACGAUACCGGGAGCCUCCGCCAGUAAUCUCAGCGCCAGCAUCGCCCCCCGCAGCAGCUCCCACCGCACGCUGAGCGCCAGGCGCAUAAGUGGACAGUUUGAAGAAGAAGUGAUGAAGUCGUGGGAUGAGGAUUGGGAGGACGAGGACGUGGAGGACACAUUUGAUGCGAUCAUGGGACAGAUCGUACGCUACCAGGCCUCGAAGGCCGCCGCCGCGUAG